GUUCCAGCGCGGCAGGCAUCAGUUAAACAUGGCAAGCCGCAGCGAGCAGUCACGGAGCCGGCAGGCGCAGGACUGACACUAACCAGUGCGAGCGCUUCCGCCAGCUGUUCUCUACCGCCUUCUCUUUCAUCACAUCCAGACUAUUUGAAGUGGCGGAAAAGAGAAGAAGAGGGACGCGGAAGGAUGGAGAUAGAGAAGCGGGCGAAUGGGUUCGACUACCCGGAGAGAAACAACGCCAAGUCCGUUCCCGGCUUUUAUGGGGAGCCCACAUUGGAAGCUGAACAGAAUGACAGCAUGGAUGACCCAGCUGAGCAGCGCACCUGCCUCAUCUGUGGCGACCGAGCCACCGGUCUGCACUACGGCAUCAUCUCCUGCGAGGGCUGCAAGGGCUUCUUCAAGCGCAGCAUCUGCAACAAGCGCGUGUAUCGAUGCAGCAGGGACAAGAACUGCGAGAUGUCGCGCAAACAGCGCAACCGCUGCCAGUAUUGCCGCCUGCUCAAGUGUCUCCAAAUGGGGAUGAACCGCAAAGCAAUCAGAGAGGACGGCAUGCCGGGAGGGAGGAACAAAAGCAUCGGGCCCGUUCAGAUCACGGAGGAGGAGAUCGAGCGCAUCAUGUCCGGCCAGGAGUUCAAAGAGGACGCCCCGGAGCACACGUGGGGCAACAACGGCGACAGCGACCACAGCUCUCCCAGCAACGGAGCCUCCGAGGGCAACCAGCCGUCACCCGUCUCCACGCUGUCCUCCAAUCGCUCCAUGGAAAUGAACGGCUACACGGCGGCCUUCAGGGACCAGUACAUCAACACCUCCAUGUCGACACACUACCAGCUGUUGCCGCAUCUCUUUAGCUACGCCGCCCAGUCCGGCCUGCUGGCCCCCCAGCCCCGCAGCUUGUACCCGCAGUCCCACCCGCUGGUGCUUCAGCUGGUGGCAGCGGAAGACCUGGCUCCGCUGGCCACCCCCAUGCUCAUAGAAGAUGGCUACAAGGUGACACAGGUGGAGCUGUUCGCCCUGCUGUGUCGUCUGGCGGACGAGCUACUGUUCCGCCAGAUCUCGUGGAUCAAGAAGUUGCCUUUCUUCUGUGAACUCUCCAUCGAGGACUACACCUGCCUGCUCAGCUCCACCUGGCAGGAGCUCAUCCUGCUCUCCUGCCUGACCAUCUACAGCGCCCAGAUCUUUGGCGACUUGGCUGACGUCACCGCCAAGUACACGCCCUCGGACGAUGAGCUGCAGGGUUUCAGCGAGGACGGCAUGGAGGUGAUGGAGAGGCUCAUAUAUCUGUUUCGUAAGUUCCACCAGUUGAAGAUCAGCAAUGAAGAGUACGCCUGCAUGAAAGCCAUCAACUUCCUAAAUCAAGAUAUCAGAGGACUGUCCAACAUCUCUCAGCUUGAGCAGCUGAACAAGCGCUACUGGUACGUGUGCCAGGAUUAUACUGAGUAUAAGUACACGCACCAGCCCAAGCGCUUCCCUGAGAUCAUGAUGUGUCUGCCAGAGAUCCGCUGUAUAGCAGGGAAGCUGGUCAACGUCCCACUUGAGCAGCUCCCUCUCUUGUUCAAAGCAGUCUUGCACUCCUGCAAAUCAAGCCUGACCAGCUACAGGACUGGCCCGUCACCCUGCGUGACCGCCUCCUCGGGAAACUAGAGGCCGCCCUGACCCCACACCCCCCCACCCCCCUACGGCGAGGGACCGGUCGCCCCUCCUUGUG